UCCGACUGCUCCACCGGUACAUUCGUCGUCAACGGCCGCAGCAAGCUCGUAAACGGAAACCAACUCCUGUGCGCUUUCUUCCAAUCGGGCCAACAGUACGGCGAUAUUGUUGGCUGCUCACCUGACAAUACCGAUCCUCAAUUUUCGCCUAUUGUUUGUGAACUUGGCACUUCUGGACAGCUUGAUUGUCAGGCCCAGGGCAAGUUCUGUUAUUAUUCUGGGGAAACACUUACCUGUGAUGCGAGAGGUUUGUAUCCUUACUUCUAUCCCGAGAAUGCUAGUUUGUAUGGGUAUGGGCUUAUUCUUGGAUCGAAUGGGCUUAAUCGGACGCCGGUUCAGCUUGCGGAUCAUCCUCAGCCAUCUGAACCUUGGGGCGGAGCAUGCCAUUAG